AUGGGACGCAGAAAGAUUGAAAUCAAGGCCAUCAAGGAUGACAGAAAUCGCUCUGUCACCUUUUUGAAGCGCAAGGGUGGUCUCUUCAAGAAAGCGCACGAGUUAUCCGUGCUUUGCUCUGUAGAUGUGGCCGUGUUCAUUUUCGGCAGUAAUAAGAAGCUCUACGAGUAUUCAUCCUGCGACAUGCGCGACCUGAUCACGCGGUACACCUAUGUAUGUUUCAAAUUCCGAUCCCCUGUCUUGGAGAGUUUGGCUAACAUGUCGCAACAGCACGGCGGUCCAAAUGAGCACAAGGGCCCAUCCGACUUCAAUGGCGGUGCCGAUGACGAGGAGGAGGAUGACGAAAACGGCACUCCACCGCAAGGAGACGGGAUGGACGCUCCAAUGCUCCAUCCUCACUUCCAGGCGCAACCUCAGUUCCCCCCACACAUCAGACACCACACUCCAUCAGCGUCACCUCCUAUUCCAAAUGGCAUGUUCGGCCCAGGGCCUCGAGGCCAUACUCCUCAGCCUCCUCAGAUGGGAUCGCGGCCAUCAUCACGCAAUGACAUCCGAAGAAUGGGACCAAUGGGUGGUCCUCAAGUUGGUCCGCAAGGCCCUCCCCCUCAGGCAGUGAACGGAUAUGCUUUCAUGCCCCAGCCAGCUAUCUACAACCCUCAUAAUGCACCCAAUAUGCCUCCUAAUGCUUCUCAUGGCCUGCCACCGCAAUAUCCUUACCCUGGCCCUCCACCGCACCCGCAACAAAUGCAACAAUUUGCCGAAGAGCGAAGAAGAUCGUCUGUUCCGCCCAACUACCCACCGCAGGCACAAGGGCCACCAGCACCGCGUCACUCAGUGUCUCCCCCUCGACCUCAGGCACCACAGCUGCCUCACCAAUUGCCAGCUCAGCUUCCUCCUCGCACUAUGCCAUCACACAUGGUCCCUAGUCCGCCGCAACCACAGAUGCAUCCCAUGCAGAGCCCACCUCAACCUCAGCAACACCUGGCCCCUCCACCAUCGCACGAACUGCCACAGAUCCGGCCACCUCCCCAGGAGCCCCAACCGCCAGCCCCUGUAGAGACCAUGGCAAAGCCUGAACUUGUCGACAGACCCCGACAGCCGCCUCUUUUGGACACCGCCAUCAAAAAGGCACCACCGCGCAAGGGUGGCAGCAUCUUUACGCCUAUUGAUGAAAACCGAUCUAUUCUCUCGCAACACUUGGCAGCAUUUCACCCAGAAAUAAAGUCGGAGCCGCAGGGCAACCGAUCGCUUUCAUUGGACAUGGGAAAGAAUGGGACCACAAACUCGCCACCACAUCUCCAACGUUCCAACACCCAAGCCCAGCCACAAAUAAAGCGAAAUGGCUCGCUAUCGUCCAUCCCCGAGACUGUGUUUACGCCACCGUCCCGGUCCAAUAGUCUGCGCAUCGGAAGCAUAUCUCGGCCACGACUAAAGGUGCAAAUCCCCGACGAGUCUGAUGGCGGGAGUGCUACGGCCGAAUCGGCAUCUCCCCGCAACACAACAACCACGACAGAUGCCACCUCACAACCCUCGAGGCGACCCGAGUCGGUUGUUCUCCCGCCCCCUUCCCCAUCCGCCUCCUCGCUCCUCUCAGCAGGCGCAACCGGCCCACCGAACCCGUUUGCCCGACCUCCUCCCGCUUCUCACCAAAACAACUCGAUGAACAUUGAUACCCCUGUUUCCGCGCUCCCAUCUCGAUUUAUGACGAAUGAGUUUCUCCCAAGUCCCAGCAGCUUUUACCCCGAGUGGAACUUUCGUGGAAGUGACAGCAACACGCUGCCCAGUCCACUAAACUUUGCUACGCCCGUGGUGAGCACCGGGCCAUCCUUUCUGAGGGACGACCCGGUCCCGCAGAAGCGGAAAAGCCCCGAGAUUAGCGGCAACGGGCACGGGCCUGAGCAACAUGCUGAUAUUGGCGGAGAUGCGAAGCGUGUAAAGGUUGAUUCUUGA